AUGAACUAUUCUGAAGCAGCUAGAUCCUGUUUGAGUAGGAAAGACUAUGCUGGAUAUCUGGAAAACGCUCAAAGGCAGUAUGAACUAACAGGAUCUACGGAGGAUGCAGAGGAAAUGGAGAAGGCGAGAAAGGCAUUUUCAUUGCAUAAAGAAAUCGAGAAAUUUCUCAAAAAGAGCCCUUCCGAUUAUUAUGACAUUCUAGGUGUGCCUAAAGACGCAACCCAGCCCCAAAUAAAGAGAGCUUUCAAUAUGCUGAUCAUGAAGUUCCAUCCAGACAGAACAGGUAUGCACGAGUCUAGUGCCGUUUCAGGAAUGAUCCAGAACGCAUAUACAACUUUGGGAAACCCAGAAAAAAGAAGGCGAUAUGAUAUGGCAAGAGAAGCACCUGCGUUCAAUAUGCCUACCACUGGCUUCAGUUACAGUGGUGAUGCCAUGCAAAAUGUAUUUUUUAAUGUGUUCCGUACUCAAGGAUAUCAGGAGCCUUUCAUGUACUCUGGUGACUUCUAUGACCACUUGUAUUCCCAGAUGUAUAGGAGAUUUAAUCAUAGAAGACCCAAUCCAAAUGACUCUGAUGCCCAGAAGGUGGCUGCAUUCCUCAUAGUAAUCAUUUUAAUAUUCCUAGCAAUGUAA